AUGCCAUCCGUGCCUGAAUGGGAGGAGGACAUGGAACUGGAGGAAGACUUGGAGGAAGACAGAAACCUAGAAGAAGAACCUCAGAUGGAGUGGCCCACUCAACUGGAGUGGUUCGCUGAGGCAUAUCCAGACUCCGAGUUGGAGACUGGCCAUGACCAUGUCCUGCCCAUUGACUAUUACUUCUCACCUCAGAAGAUCUGUCUGAUCUGUGGAGAUGAAGCAUCUGAGUGCCAUUACGGAGCCCUCACAUGUGGGAGCUGCAAAGUGUUCUUCAAAUGGGCAGCUGAAGGUAAACAGAAGUACCUCUGUGCCAGCCAGAACGAAUGCACCAUCGACAAGUUCCGAAGGAAAAUCUGUCCCUCCUGCCACCUGCGGAAGUGCUACGAGGCCGGGAUGACUCUCAGAGCCUGCAAGCUGAAGAAACUGGGUAACCUGAAGGCACAGGACAACAUGGAGGGAGCCAGCUCAUCCAGCUCCAUGGAGGAGCAGGCUCCCAAGCUGGUGAUGACACACAUUGAUGGCUAUGAGUGCCAGCCCAUCUUCCUCAACGUCCUGGAGGCCAUCGAGCCUGGUGUGGUGUGUGCUGGCCACGACAACAGCCAGCCUGACUCCUUCUCCAACCUGCUGACCAGCCUGAAUGAGCUUGGGGAGCAGCAGCUGGUCUAUGUGGUCAAAUGGGCAAAGGUACUUCCAGGAUUUUGUAACCUGCAUGUGGACGACCAGAUGUCAAUAAUCCAGUACUCUUGGAUGGGCCUGAUGGUGUUUGCUAUGGGGUGGAGAUCCUUCACCAAUGUCAAUUCCAGGAUGCUUUACUUCGCUCCAGGCCUGGUCUUCAAUGAGUACCGCAUGCACAAAUCCAGGAUGUACAGCCAGUGCGUCAGGAUGCGGCACCUCUCCCAGGAAUUUGGGUGGCUUCAGAUCACACCCCAGGAGUUCCUCUGUAUGAAGGCUCUCCUCUUCUUCAGUAUUAUUCCAGUGGAUGGCCUGAAGAACCAGAAGCUCUUCGAUGAGCUCCGCAUGAAUUACAUUAAGGAACUUGACCAUAUCAUUGCCUGCAAGAGGAAGAACCUCACCUCCUGCUCCCAGAGGUUUUACCAGCUCACCAAGGUCCUGGAUUCCAUGCAUCCAAUUGCCAAGGACCUGCAUCAGUUUACAUUUGGUCUCCUAAUCAAGGCACACAUGGUGAGCGUGGACUACCCGGAAAUGAUGGCCGAGAUCAUCUCUGUGCAGGUUCCCAAGAUCCUGUCUGGAAAAUUCAAGCCUAUCUACUUCCACGCACAGUGA